GUUUCUUAUCGCCUCUUACAUACAGGCCUUACUCUGUUUACUCUGAUUAGAUUAGAUCGCCUUGACUCACACAGUCCACCAAGUCCAGGAUGCGCUGCACAGAACAACCCACUCUGUUCCCCGACCGCCAUGGGCCUCUACCUGCUCGACUACGGCGCGGGCAACGUCCAGAGCCUCGCAAACACCCUCACCAAGCUCGGCUACGAGUUCAAGUGGAUCGCCUCGCCGGACGAUUUCGACAAGGCGACUAGCCUCAUCUUCCCCGGUGUCGGCGCGUUCGGCAGCGCCAUAGACGGUCUCAACUCGAGAGGGUACACGGAGCCCCUCCGAAGGUACAUCGCGUCGGACGACCUCCUCUUCCAGGCCUCCGCCGAGUCUCCAUCCCACACAGGACUUGGCGUUUCAGUCCCCCACAUGGGGUGGAACUCGAUCGAGUUCCUAGAUCCCGAGCACAAGGCAAACGAAGGCCUGGAUGAGUCCCUCCACUACUAUUACUCUGCGCAGUGGAUACACAGCACGACCAGUACGGGCAGGAAGUCUUCGUGCGACCGCUGGCUGAGCCAGCCCCAGUCCGCCGCACCUCCGUCCCUGCCACUCCUCCCAUCGCCCGCCCCCAAGCCACAAGACGGCCUCACGAAGCGCAUCGUAGCGUGCAUGGAUGUCCGCUCGAACGACGACGGUGACCUAGUCGUAACAAAAGGCGACCAGUACGACGUCCGCGAAAAGGCCCCGUCUACAUCCGACGGCACCGUCACCGGUGGUCUAGCGACGAGCACCGCCGGCGCCGUACGCAACCUUGGCAAGCCCGUCGCGCUCGCCGAGCGCUACUUCUCUGCGGGGGCGGACGAGCUCUGCCUCAUGAACAUCACCUCCUUCCGCCACUCGCCCCUCCUCGACCAGCCGAUGCUCGCCGUCGUACGUGCAGCCGCGGAAGAGGUCUUCGUCCCGCUGACAAUCGGCGGCGGGAUCAAGGACACAGUCGACCCGGAUGGCACGCCGCACUCUGCGCUUGAGGUCGCUGGCGCGUACUUCCGUGCGGGCGCGGACAAGGUCAGCGUUGCGACAGAAGCGGUCUAUGCCGUCGAGCGCAUGCGCGAGCGCGCCAGAUGGAGCUACGUGGACCCGGGAUACGACGGGCCAUACAAGGAUGAGCUCGUUUUUGGGAAGCCGGAUGGCGCGGAGAAGGAGCGCGGGAAGGCAUGGUGGUAUCAAUGCACCGUCAAGGGCGGACGGGAGAACCGCCCGCUUUCCGUCGUCCAACUCGCAAAAGGCGUCGAGAAGCUCGGCGCAGGCGAGAUCAUCCUCAACAGCAUCGACCGCGAUGGCACGGGACUCGGCUUCGACGUCGACUUGAUCGCGUUGGUGCGGAAGAGCGUUCGAAUACCUGUUGUUGCGAGUAGCGGUGCGGGUAAGCCGGGGCACUUCGUCGAGGUGUUUGAGAAGACUGGCGUGGAGGCGGCGUUGGCGGCUGGGAUCUUCCACCGGGAGGAAGUCAGGAUACAGGACGUCAAGCAAGCACUAUCGAUUUCGAGGUUCUCAGUCAGGACUUGAGCACCGAGGGGCUUGAAUAUCUUAAAACUUAUUUAUGUAGGCGUACUCAUGUGUAGGAAUCGGGAUGCUGGUUGUAGUCACUUGUAUGCUUUGCACAGUAUAGAAAGAAGCCAGAGGCACGCUGUGUAAUGUCGCAUGUAUAGAGCCCGCGUCUACCUGCAACGACUGGUACAAAGGACAAGGAACGAACCAGAGAACGAAUGACUGAUGUAUAAUGGCCGGACCGCGUGUAGAUUCUGUGUCACACGAGGAUUCCGCGGCCAGUACUUAGUCUCAGGCGGCCAGCGAACAUACUCAGUACCAGCCGCGUAGCAUCGCCGGAAGAUAUAGUCCUCUCUUCCCACAAGUGAUGGCGAAUACGGGCCGAAGUCCCAAGUAUUGUCCAAGGUACAUGUCAGCCCAAUCUGAGGUAAUUGUCUACGUGAGGACGUACCGUAUC